AACGGGCUAGGUUUAGACAAAGUGGCUAAUAUAGCUCCGAUGGCGUAAACUGUUUCCCUCUCUGGAGAGGACGCGAGUUCGAUUGCAGCCGUUCCAGUUUUUGCCAUUUUUCCCCCGCCGUCGAUCGUCUCUUUCGUCUUCCGACUGAAUUUUGGCUAGCCAUGGAUCACGACGACCCUCCGGCCAAUCGCAGGAAGCUGAAGUUCGCCCCCAAGUCCGCUUCCCAGAGGAAGCCCCGCCUCGCCGCCCCCAAACCCAAGACAAGCGACGAUGGCAGCAACGAAGACGAAGCUGCGAAAGCUCAGAAGCUGAUGACCAGAUUCAACGAGAAUCUCAAAAGACAGGCUACUAGAGCUGACAAGAAAGCUGCUCCAGUUGAAGUGGCAUUUGGUUCUGGAGCCUCACCGUCGCUAUCGAUUAGGAAAUUUGGUUACCCUAAGGCGGAGGCUAGCCAUGUCAAGGCAUCAGCAGCGGGGUGGGAUUCGGAUCCUGAUGCUAUGCAAAUCGAUGGUAAGGAUGAAGGAGCAGGUCACGGUGCUAUUGAUCUUAAUCGGCAACGAACCAGGAAGAAAUAUAAAGAGCCAUUUGUAAGAAGGAAAAUUCAAUGUUUCUUGUUCUGUGUUUUGAAGUUCCGGACUCGAUCUGUUUCUGCUACAGCUUUAGUUAGUUUUGCUGCUACUGUGUUGCCAGAUGUUCUGAACGAGGAAGAGUUUGGGAAGGAUGCAAUGAACUCGGAGUAUGAUGAGAACUUCAUCAAACAUGCUUCAGAACUUGGUUUGUUGGAGAAAUCUGAUGAAGCAAAGAUGCUUCUCUUCAAGUUCCCUCCCAAGAUGCCCUACAUUAACCGGUCAAUUAUCAGCGCGAAAGGGAAAGAAAAGGUUGGAAGCAGCAGCAGCUCGAUCCAAUCACAGUGCUCCAACUGUCUAUCGCAGCUGCCUGAGGGAUACAUGGGCAAAAUGGUGGUCUACAAGAGUGGAGCUGUCAAGUUGAAGAUAGGAGACGUUCUGUAUGAUGUUGCCCAAGGGUCAGAUUGCACAUUCCAUCAGCAAGUCAUGGCUGUCAACACGGAGGCAAAACAGUGUAGUGAAGUUGGGGAGAUUGAAAAACAUGCUGUCGUGUCUUUCGACGUUGAUUCUAUUUUGGAUUCUGUUGCCCAAGGGUCAGAUUGCACAUUCCAUCAGCAAGUCAUGGCUGUCAACACGGAGGCAAAACAGUGUAGUGAAGUUGGGGAGAUUGAAAAACAUGCUGUCGUGUCUUUCGACGUUGAUUCUAUUUUGGAUUCUGUGAUUAACUUAGAUUAGAUCGAGUUUGUCAGAGUUGUUUGUAAAGUCAGCAAAGUUUGUGCAGAGUAUUAUUGGUGAUAACAAAUGUAAGACAACCCAACAUUAGACUAGUGUGCCAGAAGAACACUAGCAAGCAGCCAAAACUGCUCAGAACACUUCGUUUUCCUUUGGAUCUUCUGGGAAUAGCAGGCCUGAUGAGCUUCAGACACCACUUUCAGCUCUCAAUAACAAGGUACCGACCAUCCAGAUUAGAGAUUUUUUCUAGAAAUAACACUGUUUU